CCUGGCGGGGCGGGCAGCGAAGCCCCCGGCAGCGGCCCCGGCCCCGAGCCGAGCUCGCCCUCCGCGGACACCGGGCGGCGGCGGCGGCGGCAGCAGCAGCAGCAGCAGCAGCAGCAGCAGCAGCAGCAGCAGCAGCAGCAGCAGCAGCAGCAGCAGCAGGAUGUUCCUCAAGCUGGCCGUCGUGGUGCAGGUGCUGUCGCUGAUGGCGAGCCGGGGGCACGGUUUCCCGAAGCCCGGGGGCAAAGAUAAAGCUAUACACAACAGACAAUUAAGUGUAGAAAGACCUUUGGAGGAACAGAUUGCUGAAGCUGAGGCAGACAAGAAUAGGAAAGUAGUUCCCACAGAAAAUAAGCCAGAGUUCAGGAAUUAUUCCUUUGCUGAUGACUUGAAUCUGCUAAAGUCAGUAGCAGAAAGAGAGAGGAGUGAAAAAGAAAGGGAAUCAAUUAGAAGCUCUUUGUAUGAACAGCAAUUGGCCAUUGAUGAUGCGGACUCCACCAAGAACCGCAGGGUCGUGGAUGACUAUGACUCUACUAAAAGUGGACUGGAUUAUAAGUUCCAAGAUGAUCCAGAUGGCCUUCAUCAAUUAGAUGGCACUCCUUUGACUGCUGAAGACAUAGUUCAAAAAAUUGCUACAAGAAUCUACGAGGAAAAUGAUAGAGGAGUGUUUGACAAGAUCGUUUCAAAACUUCUAAGUCUGGGGCUAAUCACAGAGAGCCAGGCCUACACCCUAGAAGAUGAAGUGGCAGAGGUUUUACAACAGCUGAUUGCAAAUGAAGCAAAGGAUCGUGAGAAGGAGUCUGAAGACUUUGAUUACCCUCCAAGCAGAGCAGACAGUGAUACAAAGGAAAAGCAACAGGAAAAAAUGACAUCAAGCAAAACUGAUCAGGAUAGUUUCACUAAUGGGGAAAUUGAUGAUACACUGGAUAACACAUGGUCAUCAUCCAAUAUCUUGGAAAGAAGAAAUGAGCUGCCUUCUGAAGAUAAUUUUGAAGACCUCCAAUACUUUCCAAACUUCUAUGCACUAUUAAAAAGUCUAAAUUCAGAGACAGAGAUGAAGGAGAAAGAGACCUUGAUAACCAUAAUGAAAACCCUGAUUGAUUUUGUGAAGAUGAUGGUUAAAUAUGGAACAAUCACACCAGAAGAAGGAGUUUCCUAUCUGGAAAACCUAGAUACAAUGAUAGCUGUGCAGACAAAGAAGAAGCUUGAGAAUCCUUCCACUAAAACCAAAACAAAGCUACCAGCAGACAAGAGUAGUGAAGAAGCAGACAGUACGAAGGAAGAAGCAGCUAAAAUGGAAAAGGAAUAUGAAAUCUCAAAGGACUCCACAAAAAAUGAAGAACAAAAUGCAGCAGGAAACAGUGAAGAGCCCAGAGGGAAAACUGAGGCAUAUUUGGAAGCAAUCAGGAAGAACAUAGAAUGGCUAAAAAAACACAACAAACAAGGUAACAAAGAAGAUUAUGAUCUUUCAAAGCUGAGAGAUUUCAUUGAUCAGCAAGCUGAUGCGUAUGUGGACAAGGGCAUCCUGGACAAAGAAGAGGCAGAUGUAAUUAAACGCAUAUAUGGCAGCCUGUAAAAAGCUGAUGGCUGCCAAACACGUAGAAAACUAGUAUAGCUUCCCCUCCUCCCAGCUCAAUGACUUAUGAUCUGUUAUUUUGAGGAUAUCAUUAGAAAUGCUCUGUUUACUGAUAUUGUACUGAUAACUUUCUAGACAGAAGAGAGGAGCUGUAGUGCUUCGUGCACAGACUGCAUACUGUAUUUUCCUACACUCACAAAUCAAACCUAAUCUCCAAAUUCUGACACUGAAUUUCUAUUUGACAGGGUAAAUAAUUAUGUAAUGUUCUCUUUGAUUUAUUUUUUGUGUUUGGUUUACUUUUGUAGAUAAAAAAAUCAUUUUUGAUGGACAGGUCUUUUAAUGAUACCCCUUUUUGCUCUCACUCCACUAGCUUUCUAUAGAUGCAACUAUGUAAAGGGCAUUAUUAGAAAAUAGAUCAUAGUUCUCUAAAUAAAAUAUUUGAAAAUAAUUUACCUAUUAAAGUUUUCAUUAAUAUUAUUUUACAUCCAGAAAUCUUGUUUUAAGUCCUAAUAUUUUUCCUUGACCCUUUUUCUGUUUCUUUACAUAGUAUUCUAUUACUUGAGGCAUAGUGUCAUUAGCUAACUGAUAGAUCUUUAACACUACAACUGCCACCUUUCAUAUUACAGAGCUGUAUUCUCCGUGUUGUGGCUUCAUUCAGCAUGUAUAAGUGUUCUUUGGUACACCAUUUUAUGAUUGUGCAUGCCUUAGUCGAAUCCCUUAUCUGAGCAGCCUGAUAACAAGUGUAAAUAGCCAUUACUUUCUUAGGGGGGGGUGGAAAUAAUUAAAACCAUUUUGCAGGGAAAGGAGGGUUUUCAACUGGAGAUACUUUUAGGAACAUGGGUCCUGUUUUUCAGAAAGACAACUAUCAGAUCUCAGCAUCCCUGCAUAUCAAGGCCAUGGUCUGCUUACUGACUUUGCUCUGUGUUGAGCAAUAUAAUUUUUGGCAAAUACAUGCUAUCACUAGCCAAUUACUUGGUACACACAGGGUGAAAAGGGAAACAAAACUGUCACCCUAAUUCUUCUCUCUCACCUUACAGAGCUUAUGAAGAAUGGUGUAAGAAAUCUUUUCAUAUUUAAGUGGAUUGAUGAUGGUAUGCAUGAAGAACUCAUGAAACAAGAGCAAAAGUAAAGACAUUUUCAAAAAAGUAAAUUCUAGACACAGUUCCUAAGAUGCAGAUCCCGAGACUUGUCCCAUGCAGCAGUCAUUUGUCUAAAUGAACUUCAGGAAAGUUCUCUUCUCUUUACUUACUGGUUCUUCAUUUCAUUGAUCGUUGUUGAGGCUAUCCCUCCUAUGAUUAAAAAAGUGUUAGCUGAUGCAGAGAUCAGUAGCCACCUACCAGUGAAGGCAGAAUUAAAGAGUACUGCUUGCAUAGCACAAAGUUCUCUACGUGUUAAAUGGUCAGAUCAUUUCCUUUCUUAAUCCUCAGCAUAUUUGGACACAAAGGUGGAUGAGGAGAUUUGAACAAUAUUUCCCAGCCAACUGAAAUAAACUUUGGCAUCCCUGCAGAACAUAAGUUAUCAACUGAACAUUAUCAACAGAACAUUAUUGGUAACCAAUAUUAAAUAAAUGUGAUAGCAAUGAGGUGUAACAACAUAUCUCUUUGAAAACUGAUGAUACAUAAGCCAAUGAAUGCAUCCAAAAAUUACAUCUUGAUGAGGAUCAUUGAAUUGCAGUAUCAAUCACUAAUGGUGGUAUUUUUUGCUAAGGUCAAAAAUAAUACUCAGAAAUUUAGUCAAUGUAACCUUUUUCUUUGAAAAAUAGUCCCUUAGAAAAGCAAGAGAAAAUAAUUAGGAAAAAAUAAUUCAUGUUAUUUUGAAUCAUUGUAUUUGUUUUCUUCUAAAGCCUCUAUUUGUUAUUAGUAUUAUCAUUUGCUAAUGUUCCCAAAGAACAGAAUGUCUUCUUGUUCCUUUAGAUCUCAUUUUUUUUCUGAAACAGCUUGCGACUUACUUUCUUCUCUGACUAUCACAAUGAAAAGGUGGACUGUUUCCCAAAUCUGGAUUUACAAACAACAUCAGAAGAAUAACUAUCAACCUUCACAGUUGGGGAAGUGAUAGUGAUCUAAAAUCUGUAAUUAAAAAAAAAAAAAAAAAAAAAAAAAAGGCAAGGUUUCCUUUCCUAAUGGCUACUUUGUAAAAAGCAAACUUUCUUCUCCUGUCAAUAUAAUGAGUAGUAUAAUGAUAUUUUUAAUUUUUGUUAGAAAUUAGGUUCUCCCUUUGGCCUCUCAGACAUCUAUGCAGGAGUCUGGUACUAACGGAAAGAUGCCAUCAACCAGCAACCUGUGAUUAUAACAUUUUGUGUCCACAAAAAGAUUGGUGCGAUAUUUUUUAAUCUCUGCUUUUGCCAAAUCUUGUAACUUCAACAAAACAUAGAUGACAUCAUUUAGCAAAAUGUCCAAAUAGAUAUGACCUGAUUCCAAUUCAGAGCAUGCAUAGUCUUGGUCCUGUUCCGUGCUUACCCUGCUCCUCUGUAUCAUCUAUGGUACAUACAUAGACAUAUUAGACCUACGUGAUGUCUAGCUGAAAACUGAGCAAGCCUUUUGAUGGCUAGAUAAGCAGCCUCAGCCAUGGUUCUUCAAUCAAGAUUCACUUUCCAUCCUGUCCAAGCCCAUUUAGCAUGUUAUUUGAAUGUUUCAAAUACUGCUUUGAUUGCUGGUACAUCAAAUGAAUGUCUAUCAGUUACAUCACCUUUCAGAACUAGACAGUAAAAACACAGCCAGCCAGAUGAAUCACACUGUAUUUCUGAAAGGCUUUGACUUAUGCUAAAUAAAAUCCAGCUUAGUGACUUGAGUUUCAACCUGCAAUACAGACCAGUCCUUAUUUUGAAGGAACACUUGGAGCACAUCGACACCAGACAUCUGAUGCCAGUGUAUUUAGUACAUAAUUUGUAAAUCCUAUCCUGUCAGUACUUUUAUUUUUCUUGUGAGAAAGGUAUUUUAAACACCUGCACAACUCUGGUUCUAAGACUACAAAAAUCCAUUUCUAUGUUGUUUGUAUCUCUGCUGGAUCUUUCGGAAAGCAUUCGCUCUCAAAAUUUUCACUGAAAAUGUAACAAGUACGAUAUAUAUGGUAUUCACAUUUUGGGCUUUUCUAUUAACCUAUUGUUUCUGACACUAUAUUAAACAUUUUACUACAAGC